AGCAGAUGCGGUCUUUAAAUCCGAGUAUCCGACGACAACCAAACGUUUCUUCGCACGUGAUGAUCCUUCGUUAAGUCAAAAUCCAGAAAAAGCCUGGUUGAGUCAAAACCCAGAAAGAAAAAUCGGAGUACUCUUGUUGUAUGUUCCCGCGAGGACAAGAUGGUGUCUGCAUUCUGCAACCGUGUCUUUGUCGAACGACAAUGGAUAUUGACGGCAUCAAUGCUGACGACAACGGCGAAGCCGACGGUUUAAUUGCAGAAGUGCUUUUUUAUGAAUAGGAGAAACUAUGGCCAUCGAAGGCGAAGAACACGUUUGACAGAGCCCAGCUUCGAAAAGUAAUAACCAUGUACGGUCGUUAGGUGAAUGCAGCUACUGAGUUCGAAAUUCUAGGGUUUUCUUCUUGCUUAUUGUUUUCGUCGGGUUUCCUUUCGUCUAAGUUACUAGGUUUUUGUUUACCACACAUUGAAGAAAUUCAUGAAGCUCUCCAGCUGUAUUGGGCCAAAAUUCGAAUUAGAAUUGCGCUGUGCCGGCCAUGAAGUUAAGUUAGUUAGAGAGCAAAGAAUGACAACUUUAAAUGGAAUCUAGAGUUUGAUUUGAAAAUGUCAGUUUCAAUGGAGAGGCUCGCUAAUGAUAUAUGAAGUAAUCGCAAGACUUGCGAAGAAGAGGAGUCUAAAAUUCCACUUAUACCACCGUUUUAGCAGUGGUGUUGGUUUAAGCAAGGUGCGACAAUGUCUGUAGCGGCUCCCGGUCAGCUUAAUCUUGAUGAGUCUUCCUCAUGGGGAUCUCGAAGUGUCGACUGUUUCGAGAAGCUGGAGCAGAUUGGCGAAGGAACAUAUGGUCAAGUGUACAUGGCUAGAGAAAUCAAAACAGGGGAAAUUGUUGCUUUGAAAAAGAUACGGAUGGACAAUGAAAGAGAAGGGUUUCCAAUAACUGCAAUACGUGAAAUUAAAAUUCUAAAAAAGUUGCAUCAUGAAAACAUAAUCAAGUUGAAAGAGAUUGUCACCUCCCAAGGUCCUGAAAUGGAUGAGCAAGGAAAACCGGAUGGUAACAAGUACAAGGGUAGCAUCUACAUGGUUUUUGAAUACAUGGAUCAUGAUUUAACGGGCCUUUCAGAUCGUCCUGGAAUGAGAUUUUCAGUUCCCCAGAUCAAGUGCUAUAUGAGACAACUAUUGACUGGGCUUCAUUACUGUCAUGUCAAUCAAGUGCUUCAUCGUGACAUCAAAGGCUCUAAUCUUCUAAUAGACAAUCAAGGAAAUCUAAAGCUUGCAGACUUUGGGCUUGCACGGUCAUUCUCCAAUGACCACAAUGCAACUCUUACAAAUCGUGUUAUUACUUUGUGGUAUAGGUUGGUGAUGGUUUGUUUGGACAGACCCCCAGAAUUGCUGUUUGGAACCACAAAAUAUGGUCCAGCUGUUGACAUGUGGUCAGUUGGUUGUAUAUUUGCAGAACUUCUGCAUGGAAAACCAAUAUUGCCUGGGAAAAAUGAGCCAGAGCAAUUGAACAAGAUCUUUGAGCUGUGUGGAGCUCCUGAUGAGAUUAACUGGCCUGGUGUUUCCAAAAUCCCAUGGUAUAACACUUUCAAACCAACAAGGCCCAUGAAGAGGCGUGUCAGGGAGGUUUUUAAACAUUUUGAUCACCAUGCUUUGGAGCUAUUGGAAAGAAUGCUAACUCUUGAUCCCUCUCAGCGAAUAUCUGCCAAGGAUGCACUUGAUGCUGAAUAUUUCUGGAAUGACCCCUUACCUUGUGAUCCAAAGAGCUUACCUAAAUACGAAUCAUCUCAUGAGUUUCAGACAAAGAAAAAGCGCCAACAGCAGCGACAACAUGAAGAAAUUGCAAAGAGGCAGAAGCUACAGCACCCACCGCAGCAUGCUCGCCUGCCUCCGAUCCAACAGACUGGGCAAAUGCACCCACAACUUCGGCCGGGAACUAAUCUGCCCAUGCAUAACCCCCCACCACCGGUGGUUACAGGGCUCAGCCACCACUAUGGGAAGCCCCAAGGACCUUCUGGACCAAACAGAUACCCAUCGAGUGGAAACUCAGGUGGUGGAUACAAUCCAAAUCGUGGAGGUCAAGGUGGAGGUCAUAGUACCGGGCCAUAUCCACCACAAGGGCGGGGGCCUCCAUAUGUUGCAAGUGGCUUGCCUAUUACAGGUCCAAGAGGCAGCAAUGGUAGUUAUGGAGUUGGUGGUCCAAAUUACCCUCAAAACGGUCCUUAUGGAGUUGGUGGUUCAAAUGCUAGUGGAGGCCUGAACAUGAUGGGUGGUAAUCGCAGUCAACAGUAUGGUUGGCAACAGUAAUGGGGAUUUGAGAUGGUUGGAAUUGAAAACAGCCGUGGUUAGAGAAUGUAUUGCAAAUGAAAAACUGUAGAAUAUAUAAAUUUUUCUGUUACCAAGGGACUGUUUCCUUUGUUUUAUAGGUGAGAUAUGUUGAAUUCAGGUUUUUGUAAAUCAUGUAUCUUAAGUCUUGGUGUUUGUCAAGGUUCAAAGUA